CAGUACAGUAUGACCCGCAAGUACAAAAUAAUCGUGUCAGUCUUUAUAAGACUGUACAGGAGAAACAUGAUUUCGAGCAAGGAACACAGCAUCAUGUGCCAGGCCAUAACCUUCAUAGGAUUAGACCACUUAUAGCUCAUAUUUUGCAAACAACGAAGCCACCAUCGCGGCAUAGUGGAAGUAGCGUUUCACUUAACAACUAUAUCACAACGAAAUCAACUUUGAAAAGUCCCUUGUUUUCUUCAUCUGCGACUGCUACUGAAUCUACCUUACAAGUAAUAGAUCAUGUAGUGAAUCAACAUUCUACUAACACUGCAAGUGUAGGAUCUGCUACGCCUAACAGUCCCUUGAAUGGGGAAAGGGAGAGUAUUCUCAGUACUCCGGUACCUCAUGUACCGUCAAAUGAAGAACAGUCCCGAGACACAGCUAUGGGAGAAGUUUCUCUUGCUAAUAGUAAAGAGAAUUUAUCUUCUGGUACUAGAUCAUUAUGUUGCAAUAACUUAUCACAUUCAAGCGCUUCAGAAAGACCUAAUCAAAAACAUCAAGUUCUGUCUGAGGAGGAUCUGAGUCAGAGUGCUGUAGGAAGCAAUAAGCAGUUGCAGGGGAUUUAUACAUCAGUUACAGAUGUAUCAAUUACAAACAUUAGUUAUCCCAGCAAACAAGGUUCUUAUACUUUCUUACUCUCAUCGAAAAGUGCAAAACACCAGGAUACAAACAAAGAAAAAUUCACAACUGAAAUUCAGGAAAGACAGAAUGAUAAUGCUGGAAUAAAAUCUGCCAAUGUUGGAAUUAGUAUGACCAGUCUUACCAUCAGCCAAAACGACAGUGUGGAUAACGUGUUUGACAAUAGCGACAGGUCAUUGCCUUUGCAUGAUGUGUCUAAAGUAUAUGUUACUUUGUCAUCCAAUCCUCAUCCCACAGAGGAAGCAUUAUUCUUUGAUGGUGACAGUGAAUAUGCACCAACACCUUUGGCUUUGCCGCUAUUUGGCCUCGAAACAAGUUGGAGUGACAGUGAUCGGGCAGAAUAUGUGAGGCGCUCAGUAGAGUCUUUCUUGCCUAAUGACUUAUCUCCCGUGAAAAAUGUACAUGAAGAUCUUAUUGAUGAAGGCAACAAGGCUGUAGUGGCCAGUCAGAAAAAUCCAGACAGCUAUAUACAUUUCCAGGAAGGUGAUGGAAAUUAUGAGGCAGUGAAAUCAAAAACAGUCAUGCUCCUUCCUGAGAGACAUAUUGGUGGUUAUGAGAAAGGGUAUGCUAUAAACAGCACACCUACCUUGAGUUCUGAGAAAUCACCAGAAAGCAGUCAAAGACUUGAAGAUGUCAGUGCAAGAAAACGUAAUGCACAUAUGCUCCUCAGCUAUAAUGGUAGUUCCUCUGUUUCAGAAGUUCCAUUCCAGAGGGAUGUAGGUGGAAAUCUCAGAGAAUUUAAUACUGGAAGGCUCGAACGCGCCGUUGACAGGAUAGACAGUUCAAAAGCAAAAAUUGUCAGUCACUUUGGAGCUGUAACAGAAGAUAACAUGCAAGACAGAAGUGGCAUAGUCGAUGAAAUUGGAUCCAGAAAGAUUAAUGCCAUAGGUAGGAAUGGAACAAGCACAUCAUCAGCCUAUUACAACUACAGAGGUGGCGUGAAAGAUGAACAAAAUGUGAGGACUGAUAAAUUCGGUCAUUCUAUACCUCUGGAAUCAGUUGGCGAGCCAAGUAUUGUUGACAGGAAAAGCUCUGAGAUUGGUAGCACCACCACUGAAGAAGUGAGCGCCAGGAGAAUGGCUGCUGGAGAUAAAGCAGAGCCAUCUAGCCUGCUGGAGGUAGAGCACAUGUGUCGUGCCUGCUCACAGGUGUGCCACCACACGACUGCCGAAAUAGGGAGUGCGGGCAGAGUGCGCUGUGGCUGUUUCCGCGGCUACACUGUCGCUUCAGAUUGGCAGCACUGUGCCGAUGUGGAUGAGUGUCUGGUCAAAGACUCUGUCUGCCAGAAUGGUAUCUGCCUCAACACCCUUGGGUCCUUCACGUGCCUCUGCCGACCCGGUUACCAGCAGAUCGGCAGUGACUGUUUCGACAUUGACGAGUGUGCUAUUGGAGCGGCUUGUGACCAGCUCUGCAUCAACUUACCAGGGAGCUACCAGUGCUGGUGUCGGCGGGGCUUCACACUGUCGACCGUCAACCGCCGCCUCUGUGUCGAUCUAGACGAGUGCUCACUAGGGGUGGCACUCUGUGCUGGGAACUGCCUCAACACUUUUGGUAGCUUCAUCUGCCGCUGUCCCCCAGGGGCUACACUCCAUGCUGAUGGCAGAACCUGCAUUGCCAAAGCUUUGGAAUCCAGAGAUCACUCUCCACACAUUGUGCUACACAGGGGCUCAACAGUACAGCCACCAGGAGAGCAGAGUAUGUUGGAACUGCCCACAGCACGUGCUGGUGGUAGUGCCCAUUCAGCACUGGAGAAGAGGAAGCUCCACUUGGAAACACUGCACAAUGUGGCCACACUCAGGAGCUCCACAUCCCGGAUGAAACUGAACAAAAAGCCACUCAAGACAGAGAUAGCCCAUCAGACAACUACAAGAAGACCAAACCCUAAAGAUGGGGCACACGAUGAGUACAGAGACACUGGCUUCGAGUCAGUACCUCCUGCUUUCAACACUGGCAGGUCUAGUCCUGUGCGAGAUGAGGGACAAGUUCAGGAUGGUGAGGCACAGGACAGAGAACACCGUCACUUGUAUGGUGCAAAUGGGGUUUCUGCAGAAAGAGGCCUGUCAGCAAGUUCCAAGAAUAUAAGGACUGGUGACUUGGGUACCAGAUAUAAUGGUAAUGUAGGUAAGCCACAUUUCACAGAUGUAUUGGGACCAACAGUAGUAGUGGCAAUGAAAACAGAACAAGAAACUGAGGCAGCAGAUAUGUUUCACAUAAACAGAGUCCUAUCUGAGUCUCAAGUGACUACUGAACUUCCUCUUCAAGCCACUGACCUACCUACAACAAAAGUAUCUGGAGUCGGAUCACCAAAACCGAGUCAUCAGCCACAGGACGAAUUACAUCAAAGCACUCAAACAUCGGCAUCUACUGGUAACACAGUAUUCGGAAUUUACUCGAAGCACAACAAGCGCCGGAGCUGCAUCCCAAUGUGCAGGAAUGGAGGAACGUGCAAUACUGCAGCAGGAGCAUGUACCUGCCUGGCAGGCUUCCGUGGCCACUACUGCCAGCUGGAUCGCAAUGAGUGUAUAGAGGAAGAUAGACCGUGUGGCAGCCACCUGUGUGUGAAUGCAUGGGGCUCGUACCGGUGCCUCUGCCCUGCCGGCUACCGCACUUCGGCAGGCGGGACGUCAUGCGUCCAGGAAAGUGCCUGGCGUGAUCUCCAUGUCGCAAACAUGGUCAUAGAGGAUCGGCAGCCAACCCCUCUGCCGCCGCCUUCUGCUGAAAAUGUAACAACUCUGCAACAUUUCAGCAUUGCAGCUGAAAGAGAAAAAAGUGUAACUGAGCUGACCACUGUCAGUCCCAAGCUGGGCACUCGGGAAUGGCCACUGGAAGAAUUGGUGAAGAAUGGAAGUGCAAGCUCAGAAAACAGUGCAGAUGUAAAUAUCUCCAGCAGUAAUUUAAAAACAUAUGGGCCCUCUCCAGCUAUUUUGAGGAACAACACUGACAAGUAUUCGAAUAUACUAUCAGAAAUGCUCACCUACAGUUUUGCUCUAUACACCAAUCCUGGCUCAAGAGCCACAACAUUUGCCACUACUUCAGCAGUUACAGAAGGAGCUGUUGGUAGCAAUUCAUCCAGCAGCAGCAGCAGUCACACAAAGAAGCCCACACAAACAACGCCAUUAGAUGAUGUUUCUCAAGCAGUCACUUAUACUGUUGCUGUUGUGCCUAAACUUUAUGAGCAUAGAUUUUCAAAUGUUUCUUCAGUGAGUUUAGUCAAAAACAUGAAGAAUGCUAGAGAGUCUGUUCAAGAAUAUGUAUCUGGAGAGUACACACAGUCUAACAAAUCAAACACAAAUGUGCACAAUUCAGUACCUUUGAUAAAUAGUGCUUCUAAUGAAUUGUCGAAAAGCUCGGAUGCUUCUACACUAAUGGAACAUUCAACUACAAAGAAUCUUAGUGACCCAGAGAUAAAAUUUAAUGUAUCACACAUGGGUAGAAAUUGCAGUUCAUCAGUUACAUCUAAUGUUUAUGACAGUCAGCUCGGUUAUGAGCCUAAAUCGAUAACAAGUGAUGACAGAAAUUUAAAUGCCGAGAAAAAUAAUGCUGUGAACAAAACCACUAUUCAGAGUGACAAGCCUGGGGAACACAAUUUGAUAGAGAAAGAUUCAGCAGGCAGUGUACAACAACCUGCAGUUUCUUAUGUGGCAGAGAACAGCAUAAACACCUCAGAUAUCGGGACAGCCUCGAGUGCAUAUGGACAAAGAAUUCUACACACAGAUCAUAAAUUGGUCGAGCACAGUGGAACAGAUAUGUUACGUACCACGUUACCUUCAACUGACAGUGAGGCUCAAGAUUUCACUGCACUGCCAACAGUCACACAAAAAAUGGAACUUGUGAGAGAAGAACAAGAUACACUGGAAUUAAAAAUUGAGACACAGCAGAUUCAGAAGCCAGAUGAAACAAAAUUCAAAUCCAUAAAGAUGAAGAAAGUCAGGUCCAGUGUGGAGAAAAUGAAUAAACAAACAAAAAGCCAAGAAGAGAGAAGUGGAGAGAUGGGAAGAGGACGCAUGGCAGCUUCAAGACCGCCUGAGAGUAGAAUGUUCCUCCUGGAGCCACUGCCGACUCCGACCCCAACCACAGCUGGUACACUGCCGCCAUUGCCUACUCUCGGAGCACCACCACAGUCUGGAGCUGACUGCUUCUUCAAGUAUCGCAGGAUCCCAUCAGGCCAGAGCUUCUACAAGGAUGCCACAAACUGCACUAGUUGCAUAUGUCGGGACAGUGAGGUGAGAUGUGAGAAGAGGCAGUGCCCUGCAGAGCCAUUGCACUGUGAGGAGCCGGUGGCCGGCCGCUGCUGCCGACACUGCCCGCAGGACUGCGUCCUGGAGUCGGGCGACGUGCUGCUGCCGGGGGAGACGUGGACGUCGGCUCUGGAUCCUUGCAGGGUCUGCCGCUGUGCUCCAGGGAACCCUGGGCGCACUGUCUGCCACGAUGUGGAGUGCCCGCCCCCUGCAUGCCCAGCCCGGGACGCGGUGCUAGUGGCAGGCGAGUGCUGUCCUCGCUGCCCACCCUCGCCUGGCUGUAUCCAUCGGGGCCGCUUCCUCUACGAGGGCCAGCUGUGGCUCAACCGUGAACAUGGUUGCCACUCCUGCCUCUGCAAGAAUGGCCAAGUGGAAUGCAGCCCUGUGGAGUGCACACUGCAGUGCUACCACCCACGGCUCACGCCCGGCGAGUGCUGUCCCCUGUGCAAGGGUUGCCAGUACGGCAGCCGCACAUACGACGACGGCCAGCUGUUCCCACACCCGUCGCUGCCCUGCACCACCUGUGUCUGUCAGCAAGGAAACAUCACAUGCUAUCCAGAGGUGUGUCCAGUGGCCAACUGCUCGCACCCCCUGCUGGCUCCCUCUGGGGGCGGCGGCAGUGGCAGCUGCUGCCCCCGCUGCCUGCACUGCCUCCUCGAGGGACAGAGGCUGCUGCAUGGCACCUCCAUCCUCCUGCUGUCUGCCAACACCACCUGCCACAACUGCUCCUGCCAUUAUGGCAAUGUGAGCUGCUCGCCCACACCCUGCGAGACGACGUCGGGCUGCCGCCUGGAGAGCGGGGCAGUGGUGCCACUAGGCUCUCAGUUCUGGCCGGCGCAGGACGUGUGCACCGUCUGCCGCUGUAACGAGGGUGGCCGGGCCCACUGCCAUUCCGCCGACUGCCCCGGCCCCCCCUGCACGCACGGCGUCCUGCUGCCCGACAGCUGCUGCCUCGACUGCUCCAAGUGCGACUACCGGGGAGAACUGUUUGAGGAGAAGCAAGUGUUCCUUCUGAAGACAGACCCUUGCCAGAGCUGCAGCUGUGCUGGCGGCAACGUCACCUGCCACAACAUCUGCGGCGAUUCGUCUGCCGUGAGGCUGCCCGGAGACUGAAGCGAGAAAGAAGCCUGGUACCUGUGAACACGAAGCGUCUGCUACUGUCAUUGUCCUAGAAUCGAACAGAUCCAAUUGUUGUGCUAAACAGAAUGUGCAUUUAUUGGGGAUGGGUUGGUUGGGGGCCAUUUUUAGAUGGAGAUCUUGUAUUUUUAUCCACAUUGGAUACUGUAAUGUACAGAAAUUGUGGGUGAUGCUUGUGGUCUUUUCAGAAAGUGAGGAUGUUACUUGCCACUUGUAUAAUUCUUAUGUAUUUGAUGCAUAGGGAAUUAAUAUUUUUGUUAUUAUUAUUAUUAUUAUUAUUAUUAUUAUUAUAGAGUUCUAAUGUCUCCCUCAAAUUUGGUUCAGUGCUUCUGCCACAUUUUCUCAAAUUCUGUUUGUUUUAAUUUAUUUUCAGUAUCACUCCACGCACUAGUUUAUAACAUGAAGGAUAGAAUGAACGCUAGACUAGUAGUAUUUUAAACUCUCACAUUGUACAUUAAAUGCCUUAGAACUGUAGCACUUCAGGAUGUCACCACUGACAGAUUCCAUCCCAUUAUCUGAACAGCAUCGAUUAAAAACUCGUGUGAUACUUAAUAAAUCAUUAUCUUGUGUGUAAUUAAUAAGCAGAUAGACAGCAAGAGUAUAUUUUGAAAUAGUUUGUGGAAUAUGCACUUUGAAAAGCACAUUAGGGAGAUCUUGUAGAUGUAUAUAGUUAUCAUUAAGCACACAUGGAAGAAAAAGUGCAAACUAGAUGGUAUUACCAUAUGGUGAAAUACGAGACUGCCUCCCUGCAUACUGCACUAUUCCAGUGCACCUCUUUCCUUCGGCUUUGCUGGAAAUCAGUUUAAUUCCCCUUUCUGUGGGUAUCUGAAUGAACACAACGUUGUUACCUCAUAAUCUACUUUGUUGCUAAACAAGAUAAGGAUAGCAGUGCAAUAUAUUUCUACAUUUACAGUUCACAGAGCUUUUGAUAUGUACGUCAUUCUUCAUUUUCUUCCUUAUGAUGCUGAUUACUCAGAAGAGGUCAUUUUGAUUUUUUGUGUGUCAUGGUACACACAGAUUUUAAUUAGAUUUUUUAUAGGACUCCAUGUAAUAAUUAUUGCUAAUUCAUAAGUAACUGUUUGAUUUGUGACAUUAUUUUUAUCAGAGCAUUUGAAAUAAUUAUUUUUCCACAGUGUGCUUAUAGUUUACAAUCAAAUAAUUUCUGUAUUUGUAAUACUUAUACCCCACACAUGAGAGGUAUGUGCUAUUAAAUAUUUACACCUCUCCUCAGCCGGCCUAAUAUAUGGAAAAUAUGGACACUUGACCAAUGAGAGCAAUAACAGACUGCAGUAAAGUCCUAGUAAAAUGUUCAGUUUUUUUAACAGAUUGUAGUAGUUUAUCUGUUUCUGAAAACACCAUAGGAGUAGUGCACUAUCAAACUUAGAGAUACUGAUAUCCUCAUGAACUACAUUGUCUUCCAUAAAUUUUCUCCUGCACAUUAUUAGACAGCAUGUGUUGUAUAUCAAAUUAUAAAACUUUAUACAUGUUGAAAGUCACUAGUUAUUACAUUGUGAAAUUGCCAUUUAUAUUUAUUCAGUUACAAUGGGAAAUUCUGAC